AUGUCUCACUUAAAAGAAAUCGAAUUUUCCGAAUUCUUACCAACUUAUACCAACGCAUCCAUAUCACUACACAGAACAUAUUUUUCAAUCAUCAAUGAAAACCAAAAUCCGAACAUGCACUGGAAAGGAGCAUUUUCUCUGUGUAUAACUAUGCUAUUUAAGAAGAAGUCCAGAGUUGAACGUGGACCAUUCCAGCCUAAACUUAAGUUGUAUCCAAGGACAAAAUUUGGUAGUACUGUACGUAGUUUCAAUAAAUCAUGGUUUGAUAAUUUUGAAUGGUUGGAAUAUAGUCCUAAAGUCGAUAAAGCAUUUUGCUUUCCAUGUCGACUAUUUAAUUCAUCUGAUGGACUCAAUAAAGGCCAAAUAGAUUUUACAUUUUCACGUCAUGGUUUCAAAAAUUGGAAUAAGGCAACUGCAAAGUUUAAAGACCAUCAAAAAUCUAAAUCCCACAUUCAUUCCAUGACUGCAAAAAUAAAUUAUUUAGGUUCUAAUUCAAUAGAUAUUGCAUUAGAUGAGUCAAGAAUUAUAGCCAUUAGUCAGAGAGAAAAAGAACGUUUACAUAAUCGUAGUGUAUUGGUUCGCCUAAUUGACAUCACGCUAUGUUUAGCUAAAAGUGGUAAGCCCUUCCGAGGACACAACGAACAAAAGUCCAGUGUUUGUAAAGAUAAUGGUAAAAAGAAUGUACUAUAUACCAGUAAUUUAAUCCAAAAUGAUUUAUUGAAAUCUAUUAACAAUGUAAUGAAACGUAAAAUUUUAUCAAAAAUAAAAAAUAAACUUAUUUCUGCAUGUGCAGAUGAAACAAGUGAUGUGGGCCAUCACGAGCAAAUGUCUGUUGUAUUAAGGUUUGUUGAUCCUUCGAAAAAUAAACCAACUGAAAUAUUUAUAGGCUUACAACAAAUUAAUGUAGAUUGGAGUUCUGUCUUGGCUGUUUGUUUUGAUGGAGCUGCUACAUUGUCUGGCAAAAAUAAUGGUGUUCAAGCCAAAAUUAAAAUUGAAAAUCCUCAAAUUCAAUGGGCGUGCAGAUCAGAAGCUAUUGAAGCAGUUGAUCAUAAUUAUGAUUCAUUAGUACAGUGUCUUUCAGAAAUAUAUAAGACUACAAAAUUAGCUGAUCACCCGGCCCAAACAAAAUGUUUUGUGUACUACACAGUUUUAGAUGACCUUUUAAACGGAUUAGAAGAACGUUUUAGUCAAGAAACACUUUUACUAAUAAGUGCAAUUGGACGUUUAUUACAGUUUAACCUGCAUGAACAUGACUUAAUUUUACUUUCCAAUAGGUUUAACUUAAAUGACAGUGAACUUGAAGCAGAACUCAGAUUGUUAAAAUCGUUACCAGAAUUUGAAAUUGGUAAAACAAGCAAAACUAUUUAUCAGUGGUUAAAUAAUCUGUCCACUAAUAAUUUAUGUAAUAGUUUUCAAAAUAUUUACAAGAUAUUAACUCUUUUUGUAACAAUGCCAGUCACAAGUUGCUCUUGUGAGAGAUCUUUUUCAAAAUUAAGUCUGGUAAAAACAAAGCUGAGAAGUUGUAUGACGCAUGAUCGAUUGGAGUCAACGAUGUUAGUAUUUGUUGAACAGGAAUUGGCAUCUGAAUUAGAUCCAGAAGAAAUAAUUGAAGAGUUCAAACAUCUUAACAAUACACAACGGCGACUAGAACUUUAA